AUGCUGAGAAAUCAGGAAUUUAAACCACAGAUGAUUAAUCAAUGGUGCUCUUCUAUCGUUGAAGACUGCACAAAAAGACUUUGCGCACAAAACAAACCAUUUAAAUACGUAUCUACAUGCGUCAUCAUGCAAAAAACAGGUGCUGGAUUACACUUAGCUGCAUCAACAUUUUGGGAUCAAACUACAGAUUCAUCUGUUACGGUUCGUUGGGAAAACACAACAAUGUAUGCGAUUAUAUGCGUAUAUGGCGUUAUGAUUUAA